AUGAGUGCAUCAAACAUCAUUCAACGCAUCAACUACGAGCCCCAAAGAAAAUCCUCGGACUACGUCGCCCAUCAAAAGACUUACGUGUCAACUUCAGUGAUGUAUCCGACCUUAACUCCUUCCUUCGACGUUCAACGACGUGGCAUCAAGCGUUCCUGCUCCUCUGACGAAGAUGAUUUCGCGACGCCGGCAAGCAAAAGAUGUCGCACCGCCUUCAGUAGCAAACAGCUGAGCGAACUCGAGAAGGAAUUUCAGUUCAAUAAUUAUUUGUGUCGCCCGCGGAGGAUCGAAAUUGCGCAUCGUUUGUCACUUUCGGAGCGUCAAGUCAAGAUUUGGUUCCAAAAUCGUCGCAUGAAGCACAAAAGAUGCAUCACGACGGGCAACGAGAGCAAAUAUGAGAUGCGUUCGAUGGCAAUUCGUCAAUCGCCGCCCAAAGUUCAUCCCUCAAUUGCCCAAAGACGCGACAUUGUCUCACGUUUAAUGGCACAUUCGCAACUUCAUUCGACCCAAAAAGCAGCGGAAGUCCCUCAAAUCGCUGCGACACCAACAAUUGCCUCUCCGGAAAAACUCAUGAACUCAAAAGUCUACGAUUGGAAUCACAACUCUGUCAAAUUAAACGAACAAUAUAUCUCGAAAACGACCGAUGCUUACCCCGAAAUUGUCGAUUUCUUCUCGAAUAUCGAACCAAAAACGCCGGAAAAGAAGAAAAAUGAUGAAAUUCCCUCAAAAAUUGUCAAAUCCGAGUCAGCUGAUGAAAGUUUCGAUGCCGCUUAUGAAGAUCUGCUCGAUUUUUGCGCCUUGAAUGCUGAAAAUAAUAAUUUUACAGCGAAUUUAUUCAACGAAGAAGACUUUAAUGGUCCACUGACGUCAUCAAUUGCUGCAACGACACAACCCGACAUCAAUGACAACUAUCAAUCAACGUAUAAUUUCAUGCUGGAUACGCUUGAGGCACCGCUGCAACCUGCUAUCACAAUUGAAUGGAUCGAGAAUCAGAGUGAAAGUAAUCUUUUUGAGUCCUUUGCCAAUGAUUUUGUGAGUCUGUAA